CCCUGCAAAUCGCACCGAAUCGCAUAACGAAUCCCGAGUCAAAUUUUGCUCUGCCACUGGGUGUAUUCAGAAGAAACGUCCACUUGUGAGCCAUGGCAGACGCAGCGAAGCCCAAGAGGCGCCUCCCCUUCAAGCCCACCGCUUUGCGACAAAAGUCCGAUCCGAAGCCUGCGCCGCAGGAGAAUGACGACGAAGAAGACGACGACGACGAUGGACUUAGCCUGUUCAAACGCUCCGCCGAGUUUUUUCCCGUCGCAGUUGCCGAGCAGGAGCGGCGUAUGAAGCGGAAGCAGGCGGAGCGAGAGAAGAGCUCACAAGCGCGCUCACCAGAGCGCGAGACACAGCCUGCGCCAAGAGCCAGCGAGGAGCCUGGCAAGGACGACGUUGAAGAGGACACAAAGGAAAUCGGCACGCCGCCAUCAAAACGCUCGCGAACCAGCGAUGAAUCCCCGCAAUCGAGAACAAAGCAGUCGCCGUAUAAGCGCCGCGAAGGCACAGAGACACCCUCGAAGCGCUUAACCCGUGCCGCCGCCUCGCGGACACCUCGGAAACAGCAGGUGAUACCCCACAAUCCCGUCAUCGCGAUCGAAGAUAGUGACGAAGACCUCGAUGACGUGGACGAUGUGGCGAGCGACGAUAUCUACGAAGCUUCACCCGUGCGCAAGACGCAACGCCGGAGACAGACAUCGGAGCCCGAGGCGUCGCCUCUCGUUAUUGACUCGGACGACCCUUUUGUAGAAGGAAUGGACGAAGACAAAAAGUCUCCAGUCGCAGUAGCGGUAGAGGAAGAAGAGGAAGACGAUGAGUUUGAGGAAUACGUCCGACGCGCCAUGGAGCGUAAAAAGGCUCUCGAGCAGAACGAGAACCAGCUCGUCAACGUUUUCGUCACCUCGGAUAUACCAGACACCAGAGAUCGGCAAUUCCGCUUCACGCUUGUCAAGCCGCUCAAGGUGAUCCGCAUGAAGUGGAUUGAAGUCCAGCUGGAACGUGUUCAGAUGUCCCACUCGGAGCUGGAAAGCGUGUUCCUUACAUGGCGUGGCCACGAGUUGUACGAUACUACGACGUUGCAUAGUCUCGACCUGGAAGCCACAUUCCGCAAAUACGGCGGCGGCGACGGCGGAGGAGACUUGUCCGAGGGCUUCAAAGACGACGACUGGACAAACGUCCAUCUGCAGAUGUGGACGCGCGAGUUGUGGGAAGAACACGAGAGGCAAGAGGCGCGGAGGAGGCGACACGAUCUCGGAGACUACUCUGACGACGAAGGCGAAGCUCAGGGCGAUGGUGCGGAUGCCAUCGAGCCGGAGACGGAGCAGAAGAUCAAGGUCCUGCUCAAGACCAAGACGGAUGAGCCGCUCAAGACUUCGGUGAGGCCAUCGACCACGAUCGGAACGCUUAUGGAGCUGUUUCGGAAAAUGCGCGGGUUGGCCGCGGAUGCGCCCAUCACGCUCAUGUUUGAUGGUGACGAGCUCGAGGAGGAGAUGACGGUUGAGGAGGCUGAUAUUGGCGACAUGGAGACGAUUGAGGUCUACAUAAGAUGAUGACCCCCUCUGUCGAAAUGGUCGAGGUCGGAUAGGCUGUUCAAGCCAGUCUUUGCUCGUCGCAAACCUGGUGCCGCUGCCUGAAACGGCAGUGACGGAAGCCUGGAAAGCUGGUGAAAAGGGGCAACGACAAGGUCUCGAGGAAGGAUUUAAUUCAAGAUACCCGGGGGAGUUUUAAGUGUCUUUUCUCAUGGGAGGUAGCGUUAGCAUGGAAACUUGAAAAAAAGCUCUUUCGACCUCUCAAGUUGAUUUUGCCGCGCCGGAGUGGGGACUAACUUACCCCUAUUGUCUCUGGCUGCCCCUUGAUGGGUUUAUGCGCCUCACU